AUGUCGACAUUUGGCAAAUACUUUCGCGUGACGACCGCUGGCGAGUCCCACGGCAAGUUCAUCUCCUGCAUCAUCGACAAUUGCCCGCCAGGCCUGGCCCUCGUUGAGUCUGAUAUCCAGCCGCAGCUCACCCGUCGGCGUCCGGGCCAGUCGGCUAUCACCACUCCGCGCAAUGAGAAGGACCGCGUGACUAUAGGAUCUGGAACCGAGUUUGGGCGCACCCUAGGGACUCCAAUUAGUUUGAUAGUGAUGAACGAAGACCAACGCCCGCAUGACUAUGGCGCCAAGACAAUCGAUGUCUACCCGCGCCCUUCCCACUCUGACUGGACUUACCUCGAGAAGUAUGGCACCAAGGCCUCAUCUGGAGGCGGCCGGAGCAGCGCCCGCGAGACUAUCGCCCGCGUUGCCGCUGGUGCUGUUGCCGAGAAGUGGCUGAAGGAAUCCUAUGGCAUUGAGAUCGUUGCUUUUGUUUCCUCAGUUGGCAACAUCAAGCUCUUUGGAGACAGGCCGACAACCGAUGGCGACGAGAUCGACGCCCUUAGCAACCAUCCCAAGUUCCUCGAGCUUGUCGACUCUCUGACCCGCGAGAAGGUGGAUGAGUUCCUUCCUGUGCGCUGCCCUGAUGAGGCUAUCGCGAAGCGUAUGGAGGAAAAGGUUGCUGAGCUCCGCGAUCAGCAUGAUUCUGUUGGUGGAACUGUAACCUGUAUUAUUCGCGGGUGCCCCUCCGGCCUAGGCGAGCCAUGCUUUGACAAGCUUGAGGCUACCCUCGCCCACGCUAUGAUGUCUAUUCCUGCUACUAAGGGCUUUGAGAUUGGCUCUGGCUUUCAAGGCGCCGAGAUGCGCGGCUCCCGCCAUAAUGACCCCUUCGUAUCUGCCCCCGCUGUUGAUGAUGUGGCGCUGAGUGCCAGCGCUGGCAUUCCUCCCUCCCGUCUAGCGACUAAGACAAACCACUCUGGCGGUAUCCAAGGAGGCAUCUCCAAUGGCAUGCCCAUCUUCUUCCGCGUUGCGUUCAAGCCUCCUGCUACAAUCUCCCAGGACCAGACUACUGCUCGCUACGAUGCUUCGGGCGAGGGCAUCCUGACCACCAAGGGCCGUCAUGACCCCAACGUUGUUCCUCGUGCGGUCCCUAUUGUUGAGGCCAUGGCCGCUCUGACUAUUGCUGAUGCUCUUAUGGCUCAGCAUGCGAGGCACCUCGGGCUGAAGAUUGCCGCAGCUGCACGGUAG